UCUCGUACGAUCGGCGAUCGGGCGGCUCACCGGACCGUCGCUACCGCAUGUCGCAGCCGACUCUCAACUCCAGCCUGAGCGGUAUCAAUUCGUUCAACUUUGGCAUGCAUCGCGGCAGCGGCGGCGGUCGCCUGUCCUACACUAGUCUACGUGCCACCUCGGGCGACAACAGUAUCAACGAGGAGGAGAGACUGUCGACGCCAAACGUGCACGCCCUGGGUGGCAGCGGAAGUCCCCGUGGCAGUUUGACGAUGGAGCGGAGCUCGUCGCGCCUGUCGCAACCGGAUGUACGUCGAUUCGCUCUUCGGCACGAUAAGCGUGAGCGAUUGUCACAGCCCACUCUCGUUACCGGCGAUUACUAUCCCGGCCGGACGCAGCAGCGACUGUCUCAACCGUGCCUCAGCAGCGGCGGUAUUAACAUGCUUUCACCCUCGCCGCCACCCUACCCUCUCAAACAUAAAAGAUUCGGAACCGCCCUCCUGCAGGUAAGUCAACGCGAUCGCUUAUCGCAGCUGGACAUCGGCGGCAAGUAUCGAAACAUCAAGAACGGUGGUAGCAGCAACGCCGCGCAGGUCAAGUUCAAUCGCGAUCGGUUCUCGAUACCGGAACUGGAGACGCAGAACGACCUGCGGCUGAUGGCCGGUACGCCCAAACAGCGCUUCAGCCUGGACAGCCAGUUGGCGAAGCAGCGCUAUAGCCUAGAUAGCCAGGAUAGCUGCAAGUCGCGACUGCUACCGAUCGCCAGCUCGCCGAUCUUCGAGCAUCAGCAAAUGAAGACCGAAGAGCUCACGGGAUUGACAUCUGACAAACUGAAGAGUCCCACCUGCGAGGUUCUGCAGAGCGUGAUAGUCGCGAGCACGUCACCGAUCUUCCCGCCCGGUGAGAGACGAUUCCUUGCGCCGGACUUUCCAUUCACGGGCAGAAAGACGUCGACGUCGCCGUCGCCGCCCAAAUCGGAAACCAAACCCCUAUUCGGGAAAAUAGCAGGGCGCGGCGGCAAACCACCGCCGAUUCCGGUCCGAGAGAGAAUGUCGGUGCCGGAGAUCAGAAACUCAAGCUUGCGCCGGCUGUUGGACCCGCCUGUCCGACAACGGCACAGUAUCGCUGGCAAUCUGAGACAAUCGAUGUUAUCACCGUUGAAGCUAACGGAGUUCAGCACCAGCAGCAGGAAAUCGCCGCGAUACUCGAUUGACGAUGCCCUCGAGAAACUGAAGAGGAUCGAGAAGGAGGAAAAUCGACGGAACCAGGAGACGAACGAGAACGAAAGCCAGGAAAUCAAGGAACAGGAUCAGCAGCAACAAGAAAAGGAGACGAAGCACAUCCAGCGACAUUAUUCGUACACAUAUGAAACGCCUGGUAGCGACGAGAGCAGCGUCUCGACGCUCGGCCGGCUAAGCGUGGGCGGCACGCCGAAGCGUAAGUUCCUUGAAAGCAAUUUUGACGAAAACGAGCAGGUGAUCACGACAGUAAUCGAAACGGAGAUACCGAUGAUCAUGCCGAGCACGCCCGCCAAGUACGCGAGAAAGGUGCAGGCAUACGCCCAAGUGAGCGAGACGCCCAAGUGGAUUCGGAAAUAUCUGGAGAACGACAGUCCAAGAGUGAUCAGAAAAAUCUCUGACACCGGCAAAGAGCACUUCGUCAGGGUAAACCGCAGGAGCAGCCGCAGGAAGAGCUCGCUGGAGUCAAUCGAAGCGGUAGCGAAGAAGCCCGAGGAGAAGGCCCGCUCCAAGUCCGCCAGCUGCGAAGAGAGGAGCUCCAAGGACAACACGGAGCAGAAAAGCGUGAAGGAGACUUACGUGAGGAUCGUGCCGUCCAACAAUGCCCAGCAGGAGAAUAGAUACGAGGUCGGCGUAGAGACCACCGUGACCCCGUGGACGAAGACCGACGGCCGGGGUCUCUACGGCGAUGAUACAGACACGGACGAUUCCACAUCGAUUUAAACAAAUGGAGAAAGUUUCACAUAUUAUCUAUAGGAUGAUCGAAUUCGAUCCCUCUGAUUGCUCUGAUUGCUAAGCUGCCGAUCUGGCGUGAUCAAUCUUGAAAAAACGAAAAGAAUUUAUUAUUAAUUAUUUCGACAAAUGGGACAAAGCAUAAACACAGAAAAUAUAUUGCAGUCAUCUCUUACUGAUUUUCUCGAGCAAACUACUUAAGAAAAUGUCAAUAGCAAUUUACAUUGCUGUAAAAAUUUGGAUUAAUGAACGAAAAUGAUCAGAGCUAUCAAAUUAUGAAAGUAUCAGCCUUUACAAUUUCGAAUGAAUACGUUUCGAUUUCCAUAGCACACUGGCCAUUGCUAUUUUCACAAAUAUAUCUAUUUGAACGAUUAAUCAAAUAACGGAAUUGAUAUCAAUUUGUUAAUUAUUCGACAAAUGUAUUUAACAAAAAUUUUGAAAAAAAUUUUAGAAAAAAAUCAUUCAUCAACAUUGAUAUCAGCGCCUUGAAUUUUCGGUUUGAGAAUUUCCGACUAUAAAUAAAAUACGCAAUAUAUAUUUUAACGAGAAAUCAACAGUCGGAACAUUGUUGUUAUGUAAAAUAUUUGCAUGACGAGAGUUUUCUAAUUUAAAUUUAAAUUUAUCUAACUAUAUUACAUAAGAGAAUUAAUGAGAGAAUAUAUAUACGCUGCGUGUACCUCGAAUCAGUGAAACGAGAGCAACACAAGUCAGCCACGCGAUCAAGGCAGACACGAGGGAGAUCGACACAAAAAAAAAAAAAACGCAAAAUGAUCUCGAACAAAAAUCUCGGAUAUUUUGUACUUAAAUACGCUACAUUCGACAUCUCGUCCAGCGGGAUGAGCCGGAAGAUGAAAGCCGAAUGUAGAUACCUAUUUUUGCACGAACAAAGAGGACCACGAUACACGCGAUAAUCCGCAUGCAUUCAGCCUAAAUAAUACUCAGAUUUGUGCUUUACUGACCUUCCAAAAUGAUUUCUGCUUUGUAUAUAUCUCGAAUGUCCAAGGAGGAAACCAGGAAGGAUAUAAGGACGAUUGGAGACUCGCGAUACUGAAAAAAAAAAAACGCGAUACUGAAAACCUUUUGAUCC